UGCGCAGUGGGCGCCCUCGCGAGGUCUGCGCACGCGCAUUCCUGGCUUGAGUCGAGAAGAACGGUUGGAGGCGGCCGUACUUUGGGCGCGAGGCAGAGGAAGAAAGAAAGAGGCGAAGAAGCAGAAGCAGUUCCCGCGCGCACGAGGCGUUUCCGCUCCGGCCCUCCCUCCGCUUCCUGUCUCGGCGGCCCCGGCGCUCAGUCGGCGUGGCAACCCUGUUCCCUCGCGCGCCUUUGCCGCUCCUUCGGCCGCGGAUGCAGCGCCGCGAGGACCUCGCCGCCCCCGGCCGCCUGGGCAGGGCCCCGGGCCCGGCGGCUCCCCCGGGCCGCCUCCAGUCGCCUCAGGCCGCAGCUUCCCCGAGGAGGCCUCCGCGGGGCGGAGGUGGCGGGGUGCGCGGGCCCCAGCCUCCGCCGCUGCUGCCGCCCUCGGCCACCGGCUCGGCUCCGCCGACCCCCAGCGUCGUCCCUACCCCGCUGAUUCCCGGAGCCGGCUCCGCGGCCAAGGCCGAGCCCGAGAACAAGUACCUGCCCGAGCUCAUGGCCGAGAAGGACAGCCUGGACCCUUCCUUCACCCACGCCAUGCAGCUGCUGCAAGCCGAAAUCGACAAAAUUCAGAAAGGUGAAUCAAAGAAAGAUGAGGAAGAGACCUAUCUGGACCUGUUUUCUCAUAAGAACAUGAAGCUGAAAGAACGAGUUCUCAUCCCAGUCAAGCAAUACCCUAAGUUUAACUUUGUUGGGAAGAUCCUGGGACCCCAAGGCAACACCAUCAAGCGACUGCAGGAAGAAACUGGAGCAAAGAUAUCUGUACUGGGGAAGGGGUCAAUGAGAGACAAGGCAAAGGAGGAAGAACUGCGCAAGGGGGGUGACCCAAAGUAUGCUCAUUUAAAUAUGGACCUGCAUGUCUUCAUUGAAGUUUUUGGGCCACCCUGUGAGGCUUAUGCUCUUAUGGCCCAUGCCAUGGAAGAAGUCAAAAAGUUCCUUGUUCCGGAUAUGAUGGAUGACAUCUGCCAGGAGCAGUUUCUGGAGCUGUCUUAUCUCAAUGGUGUGCCAGAGCCAACACGAGGUCGAGGGAUUCCUGUACGAGGAAGGGGAGCUGUGCCCCCACCUCCACCUGUUCCUAGUGUGUGGAGUGGGGCAGCCUUGCUGAACAGGGGACGUGGCGUGGGACCUCCACCACCACCUCCACGUGGAGCUCUUGUGCGGGGGGCCCCAGUGAGAGGUGCCAUUGCAAGAGGAGCAGCUGUGGCCCGGGGUGUUCCCCCUCUUCCAGCAGUGAGAGGUGCCCCUGCACCAAGAGCUCGGGCAGCCGGCAUUCAAAGAAUACCUCUUCCUCCCCCUCCUGCACCAGAGACCUAUGAAGAUUAUGGCUAUGACGAUGCUUAUGCAGAGCAAAGUUACGAAGGAUAUGAAGGCUACUACAGCCAGGGUCAACAGGAAACAGAAUAUUAUGAUUAUGGACACGGUGAAGCACAGGAAUCUUAUGAAGCGUAUGGUCAAGAUGAUUGGAAUGGAACAAGGCCCUCGCUCAAGGCCCCUCCGACUAGGCCAGUGAAGGGAGCAUACAGAGAGCACCCAUACGGACGCUAUUAAAGCAUACAUGAGGGGGAAAUAUCACUUUUGAGCAAACAGUUGUUUCUGAUUCUUGUAUCUCCCAGGAUUCCUGUUGCUUUACCCACAACAGACAAGUAAUUGUCUCCCUGAUUUUUCUCUGGCUCCCUUUUUCUCCCACCUCCAUCCUCCCCCACCACUGACCUUGCAUUCUGGCUUCUGUAUGUAGUAUUUUAAAAUAAUUUAGAUUUAGAAGACUGAAUUCAAUUUUUAAGUGUGUAGAUGGCUUUUUUUUCUCUGUUUAGAUAUAUAAACACAACUGUACCUUUAAAAAGAAAAAGUUGAGGUAAAAAAUGUUAGUUUCCAAAGUGACAUGCUUGCUUAACAGUUAUGAAAUUAAAGUUUGUUAAUCUUUAAGUAUUUUUUGUUUUUUAGGCAACCCAUAAAAGUUGUAGUUGCAGAAUCCCAAAAGUAGGCUACAUUUCAAAAUUCAGGGUUGGCUUUUAAUGACUUAAAAUCAUAAUGUAAUGGUAGCAACUGCCGCAGUUUAAAAAGUAAGCUCAAAUGUCAACACUUUGCCCUUAAAAGCAGAUUGCUUGAUUAAUCUUAAGUUUAAAUGUUAAUAGAAAGAAUUCUCCUUAACAGAUAAAACAGUAAUUUUUUUUCUCAAUCAGUUUAACUUUAAAAAAAAAUUAGGUUUGUAACAUUGACCAUGUGGGUUUUGAAAUCUAGCCCCAGUGUUGAGAUGCUAGUGACGGACGUUCUCCAGCAAAAGGUGUUCUUGGCUUAAUUCUGCAUGAAGAAUUUUUAAGAGAAGUGGACAUCUAGCUGCUCUGUAAUUUUUAUAUUGCUCUAACUGCCCAGUGUUUUGAUAUUAGGAAGUAUUAAAUGAAUAGCUGUGCAUUGUGUCUCUCUCUUUUUUCUUUUCUUUUUUCUUAAAGGAAAAGCUGAACACUUGAGUGUUUGCAGUACAUAAUACAGCUCAGGCUUAAAAUUGGCAAAACUGUAAAGCUUUUAGCCAUUCCAAUGACAUGUUCAAGUGCGUCUCAACACUAGCUUUAUGUUAAAAAGGGACAUUGCAGCUGAAAAAAAGCAAGGAGCUUCAUUUUGUACAUAGAUUUGUACACUGUUCUCCCAUUUUGUUCUUGGAAGAUUAAAUGCUACUACUUGUGUAAGCCUGCCUAAAUAGGUAGCUAAAAUUUGUCAAGAUGUCUGCAGCAGUUUGUCAAUAAAGUUUAGUCCUUUUUUAAUCAAAGUAAA